AUGGCAGAUGCGCAACGCGACGCAGUCCUGCUGGCCCCGGACACUCGAAGCGGCCACUGGACAUGCGCUGGCUGCAGAAGAAGGAAGAUCAAGUGUAAUGUUGUCGCCUUCUCCGGCAUAUCCCCUCGCGACAAACGGAAGCCUUGUAAUAACUGUAUCAAGGCCAAUGCCGAAUGCAUUACACCAAGCUCGGGGAGAUCUUCUGCCAAGUCUUCAAGGCGCGGGGAUCUGAAACGCAAGUUCGUGGAGCGCAUCACCGCAAUAGAGGAGAUUACCCAGUCUUUCCACGAAUCUGGCGGAAGCAAGGCCCCUGAUGUUUCCGACGAGUAUUCGUCUGGGGUAGCCGAGACCGAGUUGUCCCGGAGACGGCACGAAGUAUCGCAUCUCAACAAUACAUCAAGGACCAAGGUCACUACUGGCGAAGCGCCUCGGGGUGACGCUGCAUCACUGACCCCUUCAGCUCUCAUAUCGAAUCAUAAUCUUCGGCCAACCGUCGAGACCAGUUUAGAGCAACUAUUUACCGACCCUGAAGGGGGCAGCUAUGUCAACACGUGUUUAUUGGACGUUCUACAGCACGAGGUGGGUCGCCCAAACAUUGCCCUUGGUCUAGACGGCAGACACGAUCAGCCUCCAAUGGGCGGUGUUUUAAGUUCCCAUUUGCACAUGUACGAAUCUCAACAGCUCAGCAUUCGCCAUGAGCUAGUCGUACCCUUGUGGGGUUACUUCAGGGCGAGAGUUGAUCCAAUCAUGAAGAUCCUGCAUGUUCCGUCGAUGGAACUGAUGAUUACAGCCGCUAGCAACCUGCAGCCCGUUUCAAGAGAGGCAGAGGCCCUCAUCUUCUCCAUUUCCUACAUUGCCAUCUGCUCCCUUACACCCGACGAAUGCAUAUAUGAGUUCGGCGAGUCUCGCGACUCUCUAACCGCGUACCACCGUCACAGCUGCGAACAAGCGUUGGCACGUGCCGGGUUCAUCGAGGCCACCAGCCUCGCAACAAUGCAAGCACAUGUGUUAUAUCUAGCUGCGCUGAGAAGCGAAGUAAACGCCAGAACCAUGUGGACAAUGAUGGGGCUAGCCCUGAGGGCAGCGCAGUCGUUCGGGCUCCAUAGAGACGGCGUUCAUUGGGGCCACCUCGCCCCGUUCUCCGUCGAGAUGAGAAGAAGACUGUGGUGGCAGCUACUUGAGCUUGACGUGCGAAUAUCGCAAGUCUCCCUUCCUUCCCUGGAUCUGUUGAUGCUGCCGCGUGUGGAAGAUAAUGGACGUGCCCCCCUCGUCGCGGAGACGCGUUUCGAUACUCAGAUGCCGCGAAAUGUAAACGACACAGAUCUUUCUCCAAGGAUGGAUGAACUUCCGGAUUCUCGGAGGGGGCUUACGGAAAUGACCAUUAGCUUGAUUGGAUUCGAGCUGACAAACACUCUCCGACGCGUCUUGUUGAGCUGUGAAGACCCUAGUGGCCAACCCGCCAAGGACCUGCCUUGCCAAUCGACUGGAGAGGAGAGAAAAGGCUGGGUGGUUCAGGCUCACCAAAGCAUUCGCGAGAAAUACUUGGCUAACCCGGAUGUCAGCCAUCCGUUGGCAUGGCCUGCCUCGACCUACGCUCGCCUUGUCAUGUCUAAGAUGUGGCUAGUGGUCUACGCUCCCACGAUAAUACCUCACGAAAUAACAGAGUCUCCCGCACACAUCGGAGGAAAGCUCUUUGCGGCUUCCUUGGAGGUAAUUGAGGAAGGAAAUCGACUUGAUGAUGAUCCCGGAGCUGGCCAGUGGCGCUGGUAUUUUGGGAAAACCCUCCCGUGGCACUCAAUAAUCCUCUUGCUUUCCGAGCUAAGCAGAUGCUCGAGCGGCGACCCUGUCGACCGUGCCUGGGACGCCAUCGAAGGGUUGGUGCGCAGUAGGUUUCAAGGCGGGAGGAAUGGUCCUCAGCAACAGGUACUGCUUUGGCAGCUCGUAAAGCGCUUGUUGAUCAAGGCUAGGAUGACAAGGGAAAGAAAAUUUAUGGAGGAGUCGCGUCUACGGGGCGACGGGUUGUAUGGGGAUCAUCCCAUGCCAUUGGAUGGCCACCCAGCCAUCGACGAGCUGCUAGCCAACGAGAGCCGUACCUAG